ACUUUAUUAUAUUAUCAAAUAAGGAACUCGUUUGGACAUUUAUUUCUACAUGUUAAUACGUUAAAACAGUUUCAAUUAUUCGUACUCCUUAACAACCAUUCCUACAAGGGAACACAAGAAUGGCUCAAAACAGCAAAAAAGUAAUUAUUGUCGGGAAAACUGGUAACGGAAAAAGUUCACUAGGUAAUAACCUACUUGGAAUGAAAUGUUUUAGGGAAGGGCGUGGUUUUAAUGCUUCUACAACAACAUGCCAACAGGCGAAAAAUGGACAAUUCGAAAUUGUUGAUACUCCAGGACUAUUCGACACCAAUCAGAAUCGAAAUGUUGCUCGAGAAGCCGAACAAAUCCUCGAUGCUUUGAAACACUGCCCGGCACCACAUGCGUUUUUAAUCGUCGUCAAAUAUGGUAGAUUUACGAAAGAAGAAGUUUCUGUUUUGGAUGUGUUGGGAAUAACAUUCGGAGAACAAUAUUUAGAUCAUGCCAUUGUCGUCGUUACUCAUGUUGAAAAAGACGUAACUGAUGCUGAAUUUAGCGAUGCUUGUCGGGAAUCACACCAUGUGAAUGAGUUACUAAUACGCUGUGGGCGACGGGUUGUUAGAAUCGACAAUAAGGAUCCGAACAGCGAAGAUGUCAACUCUUUACUCCAGUACAUAGAUCAAGUGUCGAAAGAUGGAAAAUCCUGCUUCAAUAAUGAUUAUCGACGUUGCCAUGAGAAAGUGUUAAGAAGUGACCAAGACUUAAAUAAGUACGACGGUAUGCUUGUACAUGAACAGGUGGAACAAAUAGCAAAAGAAAUCAAAGCAAUUAUAAAGGAAGAGGUAACAAGCGCAAAGAAGGAGAGGGAAGAAAGAGCGAUUAUGGAAAUGGAAAGAAGAGAGGAACAACAAAAGGAAAAGGGCGAUGAUGGAAAUAUAGUGCAAGGAUUUUGGUUGGCUAUUAUUGCAGCUGCUGCAUUUGUAGCUAAAAAAAUGCAGGAGAAACAGCAUCAUCAUCAUCAUCAUCAUCAUCAUCAUCAUCAUCAUCAAUUUAAACCAUUUACAAACGUAUGCAGCUUCUUCUAACAUAAAGCUUUACAUGAAUAUAACACAGAUAGACCAAUUCACUCACUUUGUGCAAAAAGUAAUGAUAAUUUACAUAGUAUUUAUCCUAUUUAAAAUCAUAUGAUUGUAUGUAUCACUGAAUAGUUAUUGUUACAUGGAUAUCACAAAGAUUAUGGCACAUUGAGACCAAGAUUCUUUAGUUUCAUUUCCAUAUCACAGAGUUACAUCAUAAAAACUUUUAAAAGCACUGUUUAAAAAGGUUAACAUCAAAAUAUGAAAUAAACACAACCUGAAUAAACAUAAGUAUACCUGGUUAAGCAGGUCUUGUGAAAGAUUGUUUCUAUAGAAUAAUUCAAUUGUAGGUAUUUUUUUCUCUUCAAAACAUUUCAUUAUGGAAUAGCGACUGUUGUUAACAUAAGAAAUAAGUAUAAUCUGAAACAAGGUUUGAAAUGGCAGUGAAAGCAACGAGUAGGCAUUAGUGUAAAGGGGCCGGUGGCAUGCUUACUCUGAAAUUCAACAUUUCCGUAGCUGCAUUUCAAAGUAUUUUAAGGUAUGUUCAAAAGAAAGAAAACACUUUUUCGGCAUGUUUGGUCAAACAUGGUUUCCAUCAAUAUAAUCAGUACCCAUAUAUGUUUAAUUUUCAUUGUAUCAUAGUUUGGAAACUUUACUUUAAAACUUGUCAGAGUUAAAUCGUAUACCAAUACAUGCACAGUGCGUUAACUGGAGUGCAUGUAUUAGUUACCCACUUUCACUUACUGCCUAAAGCAUGCUCGCUUAUUUGAUCAUUACUCAUUUUUUCUGGGUUUUCUUAUUGUUACGGCAUCGAAAGAGAUCACGAUAGAAAAGUCAUAUUCAGAUACUCGUACAUUGGUUACAUUGUUCUGGGGUUUAAUAUUGUGAUGACAGGGAACAUGUUUUUAUUUUUGCCUAUGCUACAAAGAGAAAGAACAUCAAAACAUUCGGCAAUCUGAUUUAUACACGGCUACGCCCCGCCCCAUCCCUCAAAUCAUAUACAUUGUAGUCUUGUUUUAGUUGCUCUUUCUAUUACUUACCUAACAAUACAUAAUCUAAGCUUGAAACUACUAUUAGUGACAUUUUCGGAAUAACGUUGGAGAAAUGAAAUUUGAGUGAAUCAAUGAAUGUAGUAUAAUUACCGAACAAAAUUAUGUAAAUUAACACAAACGUGAAAAUGUAUUCGCAUAUAGACAAAAAGUAUUGUGAAAAGUAGACCAUUAUGAUUAAUGUGUCCUUAAAGACAAUCGAAUUAAACAUUUUAAUACGAAGCACAAUUUACACCUUCAGUAAUUCAAUUGAUGCGGAACCUUCUAGCAAUGUCAACAAACGAAUUCUGAUGAAGUGUCACAAUAUCAAAUAUUGCAAUCUCAAUGAAUCAUACCCGCGACUUUUAAAGUAAUGGGUAUGUCUUUUUUAAACUAAGACGAGAUUAAUUGAACAAGCAAGAUAUAACGUGAAGAGAAAAUCACUUAAAUCAAGUUUAUCAAUGUUCACACAAUUGCAUUGUCUUAUUCUAUGAUAUCACUAAUUUUGAUGUUUGUCUGUGAGGUUUGGGCUCAUUUACCAUUACGUUUAUUGAGUAAUUCGAUUGAAAAUUUUGUAAAAUAACCUUAGAUCUCAAUAGUCUCACUCCUAAUUGUAUGUAAUUUGGGGAACUGGGUAUAAAGCCAAUUUCUGAUACAAAAGGAUUAUAGUAUAAUUUUACUUUGCUAUAAUUAUUUUGUCAAAGAAUGAAAAGAUAUGUAAAAUUUUGUAUCACA